GCUCAGCAUAGUUAUGUGCCCACUCUUGAUGCUGGAGCUCACUUGCACUGAAACCCUUCAACCAGACAUUGUUCCUGCACAGUAAGGACUCAGCAUUCUACCUCAGUGUUCAGUGAACGAGCUGCUAAUACCUCAAGAGGUUACAUUGCACUUCUAAUAAUCCAAAGUUCUGAAAAGCCGUUGGAAUUUUGAGAGCCGAUUACUCACUUUAACACACUGCAGCAACGAGAUGACUUUCACUUCUUGAUUUUUUUUUUUUUUGUUGUUGUGCUUUUUUGAAAAGGACCACUUUUGGGAACACUUUGCCAGGAUUUUAUUUGAAUUGAAGGUAUCAUCUUAAUUGCUUUAAUGAAGGUGCUACACUUUGCAAGCCAGCAUUCUUACUGUAUUUUGUAGAUAUUUUAUGAAAUAAGAGAAGAUUAAUUCAGCAGGGGCUAGAACAUCUCUUUUUGUUUUUGCACAUCCAAGAAUCAAGGAACCAAACAACAGGAUCUAGUGCCAUAAACAUCAAGUCACCUUGUGGAGUUCUGGUUGUGCAAAACUAUGGCAUUUGGUGACCUCCUAGAGCAGGUGGGGGGCACAGGACGCUUCCAGAUCCUGCAUGUGUUCCUUCUCUGCGUGCCUGUCCUGAUGAUGGCCAGUCACAACCUGCUGCAGAACUUUGUAGCCUCGGUGCCUCCUCACUUCUGCAGCGCGCACACAAACCUCUCCCAGACCCAGCUGAGCCCAGAGGAAAUGCUGCUGGUCACAGUGCCGCUGGACCAGAAUGGGAAGCCCCACAGGUGCCAGCGUUACGUUGCUCCACAGUGGCACCUUCUGGCUAAGAACGGGACCUCUGGUUCAGGGGCCGGUGGAGACACUCAGGAUGGUUUGGAUGCUCACCUGCAGGGAUGCACAGAUGGAUGGUCCUAUAAUAUGACUGCGAUGAGUUCCACGAUCAUAUCUGAUUGGCACUUGGUGUGUGAUCUGCGGCCUUUGAAACAAAUGGGACAAACGGUCUACAUGGGAGGUGUGCUUGUGGGAGCCCUUGUCUUUGGAGGUCUUGCAGACCGAUAUGGUCGACGCAUGCUCCUGAUCAUUUCUAACCUGCUGAUGGCAGUGUCAGGAACAUGUGCUGCUUUCUCGACCUCCUUCACCUUCUUCUGCCUGUCCCGCUUUGGUUGUGGCAUGGCUCUGUCUGGCCUGGGCCUCAACACCUUCUCGCUCAUUGUGGAGUGGAUUCCGACUCGUGUGCGAACUGUGGUGGGAACAAUAACGGGUUACUGUUACACAGUGGGACAGUUGCUCCUGGCAGUCAUUGCCUACUAUAUCCGGGACUGGAGGUGGUUAACCCUGGCUGUGUCUUUGCCCUUCUAUGUCUUCUUCCUCAUUGCAUGGUGGUUUCACGAGUCUUCAAGAUGGUUGGCUCUGAGUAAUAAGCCUGAACAAGCCAUCAAGAACCUUAAAAGUGUGGCCAAAUUUAACGGACGGAGCGAUGAGGGAGAUAAAAUCGACAUUAAAAUGCUACAUGAGUCCAUGAAGAAAGAGAUGUCCUGUACACAAGGGUCCUACUCUGUCCUGGAUCUGUUUCGCACACCCGUAAUGAGAACUAUGACAGUCUGCCUCAGUGCUGUCUGGCUAUCGACGAGCUUUGCCUACUAUGGUCUUGCUAUGGAUCUGCAAAAGUUUGGGGUGGACAUCUACUUAAUCCAAGUGAUCUUCGGAGCUGUUGACAUUCCUGCUAAAGUCGUUAUAACUGUGUCUAUGAGUUUUAUUGGCCGGCGUCCAUCACAAUGUGGUGCUCUAAUCAUCGCUGGAAUCACUAUUUUGAUCAACCUGCUGGUACCUAAUGAUAAACAGACUGUGCGCACCUGUAUGGCUGUAAUGGGUAAAGGUUGCCUCGCUGCCUCCUUCAACUGCUGCUACCUUUACUCUGGAGAGCUGUACCCAACCAUCAUUCGUCAGAAUGGCAUGGGCUGGGUAUCCAUGAUGGCUCGUGUAGGAGCCAUGGUGGCCCCUAUGGUGCUUCUCAUGGGUGACUACCAACCCUGGAUACCAGGUUUAAUCUACGGAGGAGCUCCCAUUCUCAGCGGAGUGGCUGGAAUGUUUCUUCCUGAAACACUUGGCUCACCCCUCCCUGACACAAUACAAGACGUGGAGGAGAGGGGAACUGGGAGAAACUCCAAAAAGCCACCAAAGGAAGCGAUAAUCCUGCAAGACACUGAGGCGAACCUCCUGAAGCAGGCUGCCUGAGGGCAUCUGAAUUGAUGUUUUUGCUGACAUGUUAAUGAAAGUAGAGUGGAUACUGCUUUUUCUCCAGCCUGUUUAGGUCUUUGAUUUCCACAUAAGAGUUUAUUGUGUUGUAUGACUGCUGGACAAAUGGAGUUGCAAUGUUAUUCUUGAAUAGGUCAAUACAGUGAAAUGAAUAGCUGCAAACAAACAAACAGAAAUCAGACCUAUGUUUGUUAUACAGUCGCUUUAAUCUGAAUUUGGGCCAAUUAUGUUUUAUAUGUUUCAUGUCUGUGUUUUUAAAAAAGAACAUCUAUGUAUAAGCCUUCUACAGGUUAAACUCUAUGCUUUCCUUUCACUGGUAUUUUUAUAACUUCUUAUUAUACAAUCCUUUAUUUGUGAAGAAAAAAUAUUUUCAUUAAAAUCAACGUCUAUGCA